CGGGCGACGGCCACCAGACUUGACAUUCCAUGACGUUGUUAAAGCAGCGAUAGAUUUCGUUUGACCUGCGAUUGCCCACAGCAAAAGAAGUGAAUGAGUUGCAAAAUCCACAAGCAGGCCACACACGGCAACCACCACAUAUCAAGUACGCCGGGCCCACAAAGGUAUUUUCCCAGGAAACCGCGUCUCUCUUCCUGCAUCCCAUCUCUUCCCCUCGUUACUUCUCCCUACCAUCACCACCAUCACCAAACCCACCACCACCCACCCGCAGCCUCAAAUCACCAACGAUGCCAGCAACAACCCCCACAAUCUGCGCAGCCUGCAGCUCCACCGCCACCUACCACUGCGCCGGCUGCCUCAACCCUCCCGCCUACCUACCAGGCCACACCAUCAGCGCAGCGUACUGCACCCCUGCCUGCCAAAAGCGCCACUGGCCCAUCCACAAACAGGUCUGCAAGGUGAUGACGCAGCGGACGAAACUCCACCGCGCAGCCCGCAUCCUCAAGACCACACUACUAACCUACCGAGCCACAUUAUACGACAUCGCACUCACGCAGAUCGACCUCCGCCACGGAACGCUACAUCUGCACCAGACGGCCAGAGACCCUGGAACCCGUGUCCGCUUCCCAGACUAUCUCACUACUAAGCCGGAGGAGAGGGAGGCAGCUCUGUGCAUGAACCAGUGCACGGCCGCGAUGGCGCUGCUGAGUGGGAUGAUCCGGAAGCUUCUGGCUGGUAUGGACACGCGAAUCGAAUUCAUGGAUGUCCAGAUCGGCAAGAAACCUCGUCCGACGCGACUCGUUCCCGGCCCUGAUGCGACGGGGUGUCCGCAUGCUGUGCUGGUGGUGACGAUGCGCCUCUCGGGCGAGGAAUGGGUCCUCGAUCCGACGGGCGGCCAGUAUGGGUAUCGCGAGGGGCUGGUCCCGUUCUCGCUGUAUAUGGCUGAGCGCGAGGCGAGGCCGUUGGGGCGUCCCGUGCCGUAUGAUGCGACCGAGACGUCGGAUCUGGAUUCUCUGGUCGGUCUGCCGGGAUUGGGGGCGCGAAGGAGGGAUUUGGAGGUGGAAAGACGGGCAAGAGAGUAUUUUGCGGGGUUUGUAAGGGAUAAUGUCGGGAGUGAGAUGUUGGGUGGUAGUGCGGAGGAGUUUGAGAAGAGGUUGGAGGGGUUUGAUAGGGGGUUGAAGGAGCAUUUGUUGGAGUUCUGA